AUGUUCGUCUCCACGACUGCAAAGGUGGCGCCGAAGACGCUCAACCAGUGCCGUAACGUCUCAUACAUGGUGGUCGCGUGGCUCGGCUUCAACAAGGGCUUCCGUGAGAAGUCCGCCAACGAUGCGGAGUGGGUCGCUCACCAGCAGCGGGUGCGUCAGGAAAACGUGGAGCGCUAUCAGGCUGCCCAAGCCAUGGCGAAGGCCAAGGAGGACGCUGAGCUCGAGAAGACCGUCCCGGCGAUGGUGCCGGCGGAUCUGCAUGAGUUGUACAAGGACAUGGAGAAGGCUGUGCACUAG